AUGGGAGGAGCUGAGAGUCCUAUCACAAAGGAUAUUGUUCCGGCACUGGGGCUCCGGAACACCCUUGCUCAGUAUCCGUUCAUCAACGCCGAGACAGAGGAUGAGAAAAGCCGCGAGCUCACCAAUGUGCUUCCCACCCACCAGGAGAUCCUCAAUUUUUACCACGUUUAUCGUGCAGUUGCCUUCCCUCUUGCAUCACUCAUCGUCGAUAUUGAGGACUUUGAGUCAUAUCUCAGCAAUUAUCUCGAGAAGCUUGCUGGCAGCAACCCUACGGGCCUGAUUAUAACGAAUGGUAGAGAAGACGCAGCCAGGAUGGCCCUUCUCCUUGCUACGCUUGCAGCUGGCGCCCAAUACUCCGACAGAGAUCACCAGGAGAGGCGGAAGAUCUCAAGAGACUUCGCCAAACGAUCAUUCCAUGCACUCCGGCUUGCAAAUUUUCUCCUACGACCACUACUUACCAGCCUUCAAGCAUUGUUGAUUCUAGGCACCUUUCUUCAAAAUGAUGGUAACGCCGAUGCUGCCUGGGCCAUGUGCGGAACAUCAAUGCGACUUGCACAAAGCCUUGGCCUUCAUUCCGAGUACGGAAUGACGGAGAGUAUUUCCGAAAAGGAAAAGGCUACAAGGCGCAGACUAUGGUUGACCAUCGCUCAGCAGGAUUGCAUACUAUCGCUCUGCUUUGACAGACCCACUGCUUUGGCUCACAUGCCACUUCAGAGCUCCGAUAAUUCCGAGAUUGGCCUUCCGCUUAGCUUUCAGGAGGUGAUGUGGGAGAUAUCCAAAAUUGGCCUCAGGCUAUUGGCCAGACGAACAUCGCAUGAUGCCAAUCUGGAAAACAUCUUGGAAAGGUUGCAAGAACUAGAUCAAGUCAUGUUCCAAACGGCCUUGCAUCUGCGGGACAAGUCUAAUUGCACUACGCUACAAGACAAAGCCCAGUUUUUCCUCCUUUCACAACAUCGCUCAUUCGCCAUUGCCGCCGUUUGCCGGCCGACUUUUAAGAAGCUUCAACACAUCAACGACGAUCCGGUAUUCCUAAACAUCCUAUCUACUGGAAAGAAAGCUCUUGCCCAUACAGUGAGGUCUUUCUUGGAUCUCCACUCGUUGAGCGUAUACCCCACACGCUCAUGGACUUGCAUCCAUGAGGCCUUGAGUUCGGCCCUUCUGCUGACUAUCCUCGGAGAAACGAGGAAGUCAUCUUUCCUGAGCAACAUGCAGAAAAGACUGAUUGACGUACUCCUCUCCCGAGUACAAGAUGAGCCUUCUCGAAUGACCAACAACGCUCUGACAUCCUCCCACUUCAAUGCCUUGAAAGCUUUGCAGCGCCUCACUCAGGAGGCUUCAGAGAGAGCUGAGACGGAACCAGUCAGGGCUCAGGAGUCUCAUCAGGACACGGCCGUUCCGGACCCAGCCGAUCCAACGGGUCCCCAGAAUGCUGAACUGGGGACUGCAGCCACGGAGUCUGCCUUCGACUUCUUGCAGUCUAAUCUCUCCCCAAUGGCAUUCCUGGAUUCCAUAAUCUGGGAUAAGUCUCUGCCUGAAGAAGACACGGGGGGGUUCCUCGGGUUCGAGUUCGGAGACUGA